ACACGCCUAAAUAGAAGGAUAAGUGAGAAAAAAGGAAACGGAACAGGAAAAUUCCAGCAGAUGCGGAAGCCAAGUUCUCCAUUUUAUUUUUCUGGUGAUUGCUAAAAGUGAACAUGAUGAAUACGGUCGCAAUUUAUAACAAUGUGCCGACGCCGAUUUGCUCGCAAACACCGCUCUCGGUUGCAACUCCCGAUGGCGGCAUUCUUUACACCGGCUUCAAAUGCAUCAAUUACAUUGCGGCACCCGCCCAAAAUGAAAAUGAUGCUGCCGAUGAAGUAAAGACAAUGUCAACUCGCAUAACUGUUAGCGCCCUCGAUGUGAGUCCUUUAUGGGGUCGCAAGCAACACAGCGAAUCAUCCAAUGCAUCGAGCAAACAAUUCGCCAUCGUUGCCGAGGAUUUAAGUGUCCAAGUUUGGGAUUGCGAUCUAGGUGAAUCCAUCAUGGGACACAAGGCGCACCAGCAUCAACAUGAGGCGCGCGAUGUACGUAUGUAUCCGAUGAUUAAAGUGCUCAUGGGCUAUAUUUGCAAUGGCAACAUAUUGUCAAUGGACGCCAGUGAUUUGGUCAUAUACUGCGUUGCAUCCAACACCUAUUGUCGUCGUCCUACAUUUAUCUCGCCGCGCAACCACCAGUUGACUGUGCUACGCUGCUCUCCCUACAACGAGAAUCUCUUUGCACUAGGCACCAGUUCUGGUUUUGUGAUGGUCUGCGAUAUGCGUAACAUGAACAUCGUCUAUAAGUUCACAUGCCAGCAGUCGAGUAUCUGCGGCCUCGCCUGGCGUGAAAUGACCUUCCCCAGGGAGCAGCACACAUCCAGCGAUCAAUGGCGCAGCACAUCAGCAGCUCCAAUCGUCGAGAAAGCGUCCAACGAUUGCGACGAUUUCGUGGGACUUGAGAAGCCAACUGCCAAAGAAGCACUCGAGUUUGAAGAGGCCUGCAAAGGCAUGAAACCGAAUCCCAGCGCUAAACAGUCAAAGUCUAAAAAGCAAACCGGUAAAGCGCCGCUGUGUAAAUCAAAGGCUGCUGAAUCCGACGAUAUCUUUGACAUCUACAACACUGAUCAUCUGGAGUGCGAGUUCGGCGCACCAGCUCGUCCGUCAGCCAAGAAGUCCUCCCAGUAUUCUGAUGAUUUUGUUGGUCUCGAAAAACCAAUAGACAACACACAACUGGACUUCAUGGAGGCCUGUAGAAACAUGAAGGCCGAAAUAAAAGCACAUCGUGAGCAUGCAGCUGAUGAGCCACAAGUGGAGGUCACCCUAGCCGAUUGUCAAGAGUCUGGAGUGCGCGGUCCACGCAGCGAGAGCACCAUCUCGCAAAAGGGCGACAACACCGACACAGUAAUUAGUGAGUCCAGCGAAGGCAGCUUGGAAGUCAUACAGUUCAGUUCAUCCAGCGAUGAUGCUGUCAUCGUCGACGGUGAAGCUGCCAAGCCCAAGCGUGAAGUGCUGCAUCAUAUCUAUCAUCAAGCAGAAGUGCAUGAGACUCCCAAAUCGCUGGAGGUGUUGAAACCACAAACAAAGCCUCAGCCAAGCAACAAGUUUGUAAAGGAUGCGACCAUUGAUACGAUUAGCGUUGCCUCCGCCGAGUCUGCGCCACGUCCCGAUAUACUGUUGGUGUCCAUCAACGACAACGAUAUUAUUAUGAUUUGGAACACACUAACGGGCGGCCAUUGUGGCAAGACUUACAGCAAGGGCAACAAUGCCGCAAGCAAAGCGAAAGAAGUACAUUGGCUGAACGACAACAUAAUUGUGUCGCUGUGUCGCCAGCAGCUGGUCUAUUGGACACUUGACUUUGACCCCAAACAGCAACGCUAUAAACUGCACAAAGAUCACGUCAACAAGAGCUCGGUGCAGGACAUCGUCACAAUUGCGCCAAUUGCCAACAGCAACAGCAUUUGGAUGAGCAUGAGGAAUCGUCGUGUGGGCAUUUUAAAUCCCAAGACUGGACUACUCUCUGCUGUCUAUGGCACUUUGGCCUUUGGUGUGCGCGCUAUAUCUGAGUGUCCCGAUGACAUGAACAAGAUUGCCCUGGGCUGCUCGGACAAGCGUGUAGCGCUAUUUGAUUUGUCCAAAAUACGAUCACAGUACGCGCCCAUUGAAAGCGUGAAUGUAAACAGCAUUGUUUACUCGCUAGCUUGGAGUCCCGACUGCUUGCAGUUGGCCUUUGGCACCUACGAUGGUGUGGUGGGCAUCAUAGACGUGGACAGCAUGCGAGUGAAGACAACAUUUCGCAACGUGUACAAGAAGGAAGUGUAUUCACUGACGUGGCAGGAUAACUACAUCUAUUUCAUUGUGAAUCGUUUGCUGGGCGUCUACACUGCCAACCAGCCGAAGAAAGAUGCCAUUAUCUUUAAAAACAUCGAGCGUCCUAGUUAUCUGUGCGUGCGAGAUGCCUUCCUCUUCGUCGGAACAGAGGAUGGCUUCCUUCAGCUGUACGAGCGCAAGCCGGAUGUCGAGUUGGCCUACACUAGUGUGCGUCAGGCUGCGCUGCUAUCGCGCUACAUAACCGACAUUUCCUUCAAUCCGCUGCAGCGCAAUCAAUUUGUUGUCGUGGGUCACGACAAAUUCUUGCAUAUUAUGGAAUUCCAGCCAGAGCAACGCGGUUGGACAAAGCAGCUUACGUUGACUGCCAGUGAUCCGAAGGCCUCCAUAACUUCGGUCAAGUGGAGCAACAUGGAUCCGCAUUUGCUGCUCAGCUUUCACAUUGAGGGCAAGGUGUGCUUGUGGAAUCUCAAAGAGUUGUCUGAGCCGCCGCUCACUAUCAGCUAUCACUGCCCCAUGUGGUGCGGCAUGUUCUUGCCCGCCGACGAGAGUGUUAUCAUGAGCGGUGGCAAGGCUCUGUCCCUGGAGCUGAUCAGCAUCAAGGAUGCCUUGGCCAAGAAUGAGAAGAACAUUUGCUGCAAGAGCGACGCACUUCUGAAAGUCAAAUGGGCCAGCAAAUCGAUGACGCAGCCACAAGGUGCUUCGCUGAAUGCUUCGCAAAAGAAACGUUUGCGUCGUGAGAAACGGAAAGCUGAAAAUCAAUUGCAUCCAGCUCCUCAGGAGCAACCAACGAAAGAGCCUGAAAUGAAGUCCGAGAAAGUGCUGAGUGAUACUAUGCAAAUGCUUAGCUUGGACACAAAAAGCACGAGCACGCAGGCAACUCAGAUUGAACGGAGCACAGCCAAGGAGCUGGAGUCACAAGCAUAUCCCGAUAAUUUUAUGGCACAUAGCCGCACUUGUCUGUGUCUAACCCAGAAGGAGCUUAACAAGUUUGCACUGGAAAAGCUGGCCGUUGUGCUGACCGAAGAUGCUGCUAAGAUCGACAAGUCCGUGUUAAUGUCCAAGCUGUUCAGCACCAAGGUGAUGGCCAAGGACUUGAUUGCCACCGAAUUAAAUAAUCUAAAACAAUCCAACAACAAGGACAUUGCUCCGCUCUGUCUGGCCGUUUCCACUUUUAAAGUGCGCGACGAGUUGCAACAACAUAUCGAAAACAAAACGCUUAACGAGUGGCAUCUUUCAUUGGCGCCCGCCGUCUCAUAUGUUUUUUGGCAGAAGUGCUGCAAGGCUUAUGCUUCUCAAAUGGAGGAGAAGGGCUUCAUAGUGCAUGCUGCAACCUAUUUGGGAGCAGUUGAUAUGCAAACGGAAGCCAUCAACUUGCUGCUGAAGCACGAGUAUUUCAAGGAGGCGUUGGCCCAUGCUAGGAUUCAUUUGCCAGCCACAGAUCCCAUGAUUAAAACCAUUAUCAACAACUGGCUGGAACAGCUUGAGAAAACUGGCAACUUUGCAGCGGCUGCAUUGAUCUGCGUGCUGGACAAUGAGAUGCUUCGUGGCUUCUCGUAUCUGCGCAAGUUCCGCAACUGCACACCGGAAAUAGCCGAUCUAAUGGAACAGAUCAAGCGCAUUGGUCAGCUGGGUUCGCUGUUCGAAGAUAGCUGCAUGGACAGAGCAGAGAACGGAGCCGAGAAAGAACUCAAGGAGGAGGCCAACUAAAGAGCCUUCAAAACGAUCCCAUCCCUCUCCCAGUGGCCAAAGCUCAAUAGGCUGUUUAUAAUUAAGAUUUAGAUUUAAUUAUGUGAAACAACACAAAACAAAUGAGCUUCUUCAGGUUUUUUUUUUAGUUAUGUUAUGAGAGAUGUAUUAAUAGCGGCAGCUUACCCAAAAAACAUUGUUAACAACAGUGAAGCAAAGUAUCAUUUAAUGAUUUAAUGUGUCAUUUAAGUUGGAAACAACAUUUGACAAUGGAGUCGUCAGACAUUUUGUGUAAUUCAUUCGAAAAAAUAGUUAACAAUGGCACAAAGAUGCUAAAGCUAAGCAAAUUGAUUGAUACACAAGGGGACCGACCGUACACGAAUUAUGAUUUCGAAUCCAUUGUAAUACCGUUGCGACUUUCGAUCAAAGAGAAAAACAAAAACAAACAAACGUUACAAGAAUUUAUACGAGUUACAAUACAAAACUGUCCAAGGCACGAUUUAGUUAGUAAAAGAUGCGUAGAAAGCAAAAUAAAACACAUACCAACAACUCAUGAAAAGAAA